AUGACAUCUGUGUGGAAUUUGGUAUCAAUUAAAGGUAGAAUCUUUGAUGGACGAGAUGGUGUUGGAUGGAAUUUUCAAUAUGGAAUUGACGUUAAAGAAAUGAGGAUAAGAUCAAAUCGAAUGAAG